UCGCGUCAUGGUCCUACCACCACUUUCUGAGACCGAUUCUGGGGAAUAUAUUCUGAUUUCUGAAACUAGCAACGUGACCAGGGCCUCAGUGAAUAAGUUUUUCCGUGUAGUAGCAAAAUGUCCAAGAAAACCACAACUGAUACUGGAGAGGGUAGAUGGAUCAAUGUUAUCCCCUCAUUUCACCUGCAUCUCUGAGGGCUUACCAAAGCCUGAAAUUUGGUGGUCUGGGACAAGGACAGGGAGUUCAGUAUCGAGUGCUGACUAUCAUAACAAAGGAGUGAUGUGCUGUGCUACUAAUGAAGAAGGACAAGAGUGCACCCAACUGUAUGACUACGACCUGGACCGUGAUCCAGAGAAAAAUGAGGAGGAUUUUAAUGUGACUGUGAGCUCCAAGCAGUCUUUGCUGCUACGCUGCCGAAGUAGGAAUCCUAAGCCUGUGUGGAAGAAGGACAACGAAACACUGGAUGACAGAAAAUUAGCAUGUUCUUCUAAAGAUAACAAAGAGCUCUGUAUUAAAAGUGAUAGGCAUUUGUCAACUCGUAUGGCCUACGUGUUCAUCAGAUCAGUUAGUGAGGAGCACAGGGGCAUGUACACCUGCACAGGAGGGGGAAAGAUAGCUAAGGCUGUUGACGUUCGUAUCCAGGAUAACGCUUCCCUCGAUGCCCAGUUGAAUAAGAGCAAGAUCAUACCAGCUCAGAAGGCAUCGAGUACUUGUCUGCAAGCCAGUGUUUCUUACCACCCUGUGCUCCACUACUGUUCCUGGGAGACUCCCGAUAACAUGAGAAUUAAAUGCACGAGGGAAACGUUUGUUACGAAACACAGGACUGUAAGGCUAUGUCCUCAAAACCCUUCACACCCCUCACUCAUAACAGGAGAUUAUAAGUUACACUUGAUGGCUGGGAACCAAUAUCUAACGAAGACUAUAACAGUGAAGGUUGUAGGGCCACCAAAGUUCACAUUCAACGAUAACUCUGAUAGUAUCAGCUGUGAGACUGAUAGCCUUGUGCCAGCUAAUUGUACCUGGAUGUCUUGUUCAUCCAAUGACAGCUGUGAUGGAGACUCUUGCUGUGAAGUGAUCAGGAGCACUUGGCAAACAGUCUCUGAUGCCUAUAAUAAGACAAUCAAGAUCUCAAUAAAAACAAGCCAAAUAAAUGGACCUGAGUUAAAGUGUUGUCUCACAAAUUUCAUUGGCACCUGGUGCGAGCGUCUAUACAGAGUCACAUACGGAGCUCUUCAACUCAAAAACAACAGCUUCAUAAGAGACACUUUGUUUCUGCCUUUGCUUCUGGCUUUGGUAGUAAUCAUUGUGGUAACCAUGUGUUUCUACUUCAGCAGAAAGAAGAAAUCUCAGUAUCAACCCCAGCUUCAGAUAAUCGGGAUGACUGGAUCCAGUGACAAUGAUUAUAUCUACAUCAACUUCAGGGACUUUGAAUAUGAUUCAAAAUGGGAGUUUCCCAGGGAGAACCUGGAACUAGGAGAAGAUCUGGGCUCUGGGGCUUUUGGCAUGGUGAUCCAGGCUAUGGCCUACGGCAUCACCAAGCCUGGAGUCUCGCAGCAGGUGGCUGUGAAGAUGCUAAAAGAGAAACACCAGACAGUGGAGAAGGAGGCACUGAUGUCAGAGCUCAAGAUGCUGAUUCACAUCGGUCACCAUGCAAACAUUGUUAAUCUGCUUGGGGCGUGCACAGAGUCUGGACCAAUAUACUUGAUUUUCCAGUACUGCUGUUAUGGAGACCUGCGGUACCACAAGUCAGUGACCGACGCGUUCAACAAGGACCGUUUCGACAGCCUUUACAAAAACCUGCAGUCCAGGAAAAUCUCUAGUGAGCUUGAAACAACAGUGGACAGUUAUGUGCCCAUGUACUGCUCUACCACCAGGGGGCAGGAAGACAUCGGCCUCCUCACCCUCAACUCUGACCCAGAUGUCUAUGAAGACCUGCAAGCCCUGACCUUUGAUGACCUGCUGAGCUUUGCUUUCCAAGUGGCUAAAGGCAUGGAGUUCCUCUCGUCCAAGAACUGUAUCCACCGGGACCUCGCUGCUCGAAAUGUGCUGGUUGCAGAGGGCAGACUGGUGAAAAUUGGUGACUUCGGAUUGGCCCGGGACAUUGACAACGACUCCAACUAUGUUGUGAGAGGAAAUGUGCGUUUACCAGUGAAGUGGAUGGCACCAGAGAGCAUCUUUGAGGGGAUGUACACCAUAAAGAGUGACGUCUGGGCUUACGGCAUUCUGCUCUGGGAGAUCUUCUCACUUGGUGUCACUCCGUAUCCUGGGAUAAAGGUGGAUCACAUAUUCUAUUCAAUGAUUGAGAGAGGAUUUAAGAUGGAGUGUCCAUGCUAUGCAACUCUGUCUGUAUACCAUAUCAUGUGUAAGUGUUGGGCCCUGAAUUCCUCUGACCGUCCUUCUUUCUCCAAACUGGUGUCCUUUAUGUGUGACGAGCUGCAGAGGGAGGAAGAGAUCUACCAUAACAUGCUUGACCGGACUGCCAGUGAUUACCAGAAUGCACCGAUCCCUCUGGACAUUUCUGCCUUGACAAAACAGAAUGAGAACAAGACAAAGUCAGUCGAUGACUACUGUCAAGUCGAUGACUACUGUCAAGUCAAUUCCACUGUCGAAAGUGAAGCAGAAAUGUCUGACUUGGACACGGUGACAGUUGAGGAGAAGCUUAUGAAGCCAUCAGACAUUCAGUGAUCACCUAUCACUGAAAGCAUGUUGUUGUUGUUGUUCAAACCAUCUUAUGUAUUGUUUAAAACAAAAAGAUUCUUCUCAUAGCAUUAAUCUCACGUUACAGCAGUAGAAUAAACUAUACUCACUUUGUGUUUUGAUAAAAUAUUGUAAGCAGUUUUAGAAUCAUAGCUGCCUUUGAAUAAUACAAUAUGUAGCAUAUAGUUACAAUUUCACAGCAUCUUCUUAAGUAACAAACAUAGGUUUUUUGUUGUGCACAGGGCUGGGACUUCAGUGAAUUAUAUUCUCACAAUGAAAAUGUCAUCUGAAUGAAUACAGUAUUUUAUACUUUAUCGUGCAGCUAAAAAUGAAAAAUAGAGUUGAUUAACAGGCCCUGGGUAUUCUCAGGAUUAUACAGUAUGUAAGCUAUAACUUGAUGUUUCUACAUUGGAUCUGGAGCAACUCAUUAAUUUUUGGUUAUUACAACAACCUUUGCCUUCAAAUAUUGUUGGACAUUGUCAUGACACAGGUUUUGCUGUUAUUUUAGGUAUAAGCAGCUGUUACAAGCAGUUUAAACCCAGUUCUACAUACAUAUUUUUUAACCAAGCUUUUGAUAUACAUUUCUGUAUAUACUACAUUAUACUGUAUUAGUUUUAGUUUUCUAAUAUAUCUGCAAUAAAAUGUACUUUACAUGUUAAACAAACAAUUGG